AUGGAUUUUACUUCUGAUACGACAAAUUCGCAAGAUACAUCAAAUUCACAUUUGAGUUUAGAAGAUGUUGUGAACCCAAAGCAGACUGAACAGGACAACGCCGACGUUGAUGAGGACGAGAAGCAGCAACUAUCGCUAUUGAAUGAUGAGGAGCUACGCGCCUUGAGACUGCAAGAGGAGAAGGAAGCCUUGUUGACGAGAAGGAACACUCUCCUGCAAGAGAUCCAGUCGUACCAAAAUAUCCUGGUGAAGGAAGAUGCUGCCAAGAAAGCAAAGAAUGGUGAUAUCUUGCAAAGCGAUAUUACGCAGGAUUUUCUUGAUUUGAUCUCGAUUUCGUCUUCUAAACCCAACUCUGUGGCGGAUGACCGCAAACGCGUCCAAAGUAUCAAUGGACUAACUAAUUUGCAAAAGGAACUAAUUACAAAGUACGAUACAUUGCCUUUAUUGAAUAUGAAUCUACGGCUGAGCUACUUAAGAGACCACACAUAUCCGCAUGUCCAAAUUUCUGUGCAAUCCAGAGACAGAGUGCAUAAAGAGGGUAUUGAAAUUCUGGUGGUCAAUUUCAAAUUUUGCAGAAACACGAUGAAUCCAUUUGAAAUCCAGUUCAAAAUGUUCUAUGAGUUUGAAGAUUCCACGCUGCUGAAAUGGGACAUCUUGCGAAUUUCCACAAACGUUAAGCUAAAAGCCAAGCAAUUGUUGGCAACUCGUAACUUCCAGAACUGUCUUCUGAGUCUUUAUGAAUUUGAUAAGAUCAAAUCUAGAAAAAUCGGAAUUUUCCAGAAUCUAAUUAAUUUAUUGAAAAGGAAAUCCAAAUGCUAUCUUAUGAAUAACGGCGACUCAUUGGUGAUCGAAAGGGUGAUUAGAGAGGGAGGGUUGACAACGAUAAAAUUGCAGAUAAAUUUCUUCAUCAUAAUGUCCGGUGAGAGCACACAACCUCCCAAUUGUUUUUUGCCCAUGAGUAAGAUCUCAAUAAACUUAUGGAAAGGUGGAGAAAGAUUUGACCAAAUGGAUUUGGACGAGAUUUGCUACGGGCUGAUCAAGGAGUAUGGUGUGAAAACGGGAUUAAAGGAAAUCUGCAAUGUUUGUUUAUUCCCGGACAUUUACGCUAGGUGA